AUCGAACGUUCCUGCAACAGGCUCGGGCUGCGCCCUUGAGAUGCCGAAACGGAGACGCAGCGAUGAGGACACUGGCAAGCUGCCAGCGCCCGCGAAACGGAGUCGCACUGGGUCCAAGCGGAACCUGCUGGACGUCAGCGACGAGAUUCUCUUGCGCAUCCUGUCAUUUCUUCCUAUCAAAGACUUGCUGAGGACUGAGUGUGUCUCGCGUCGGCUUCAUUCCCUCGCUACCGAUCGCGGAAUCUGGAGGGUGAAAUAUAUGCAGACAUGGGUGCGGCCGCGCUUGCGACGGAUUCCACCGACUGGUACAGGACGACAAGACCACUCGGUUGACUGGAAAAGCCAGUUUCGAAUCAAAUCAAAUUGGUCAAAGGGCCAGGCCAAGGUAAAGGAAGUCGAGGUCGCUCGUCCACCUGCGCCGCCUGUGAUUGCGAAAGUCCACCGAGGCAUGAUCUUCACGGUGGAUCCAGCAACUGGCCUCCGGGUUUGGUCGCAAAGAGACGUGACGAAGACAUCAAGGGCGCAGAUUCGGCUUCACGGGACGUCAGCAGCCACCUGCAUGGCGGUAGAAACCACUGACGAAAUAACCUAUAUCUUGCUUGGGUUUCAGGAUGGAUCCCUCUCGGUUUACAUCUACCACGACGACGGCCAGUUUGAGCACCGGACCAGCCACCAGUCCACCGACGGGCCUCUCAUGGCUAUCUCUUCGAGCUUUCCCUACGUGAUGACAGUUUCCAGAACAAAGUUCCUGAGCCUGUAUCAGUGGAACUCUGCGGGAAGUCGAGAUAGAGACGCCACCAAUAUGUUGACGAUUGCUAGACUUCAGUCCGAUGCGUCCUUUGCGCCUAUUUCAGUAGCCUUGAGACGGGCGCCAACCCAAGUCAUUGCAACCAUCGCGUAUGCCUUUAGCAGGCUUCAAUCUGGGUGGUGCAUUGGGCUACAGGAGGUCCGGUUGACCACUGGGGGUAGACUUGUGGGCAGCAGACUAGCGUCCACCAUUGGACCUCCCUACACAGGCUCGAGCAAAGGGGAUCUUACCACCCGAUCGACAAGCUCGUUGCCGUUACCUUUGCACCCUCAACUGAUGAGUCCUCCUACGUCUCUUUCCUAUCAACAUCCGUUCCUCAUUGGGACCUUGGCAGACAACACGAUCAUAUCGUUCCUGGUGACUUCGAACGAUGACAAGCUAGAAAUCAGCGGCGGAAGACGUCUCUGGGGUCACACAUCGGCAGUGUCAGGAGCAGAAGUCAACAAUCGGGGCAAAGCGGUGUCGAUCAGCUCUCGCGGAGACGAAAUGCGAGUUUGGGAACUGGAACCUGUGAUGACAACCGAAAGCCAACCUCGGGCCAGUACUCAGAUUACAGCAGUCGACCCCUUUUCUGGUGGCGCUGGACUGUUGGCUCGGCGAGGUCCCGGGCUGGGGCUUGCCUUGGACGAGAUCAGACGCGAAUUGGAACUCACUCGACGGUGGGUUGGCUUCGAUGACGAGCAAGUGGUGGUGCUGGGUGAACGAGACCAACGACAGAUUAUGGCAUUGUACGAUUUUACAUAGACGCGUUUCAUCAUCAUCAGAAGAAGAACAUACAAAGACUUAUACCGAAAGACCAAGAGGCUGUCAGACUGUGACCAUACCCGGUCGAGCGAGACAGGUCCGAAAGGUACAGUACAAUACUGUCGAGCUGUACCCUCGUCGGGUGAUAAACGGCCUUAUCUGCAACCGCGACGAAUAAGAGGCAAGGAAACCUUCCGCGUGGCUCCAGGAAUGAC